UUUACGGCCGCCAGGAAGGGCUGGCGGGCAGCUGCACGGCGGGUAAGGGUGGCCGGGCGGGGACCUGCGGUGUCCCGGCGCCGUGGCCCGGUGGGCGUGAGCGGGGAGGGCCGGGUGAGGGGCGGCGGUGCGGCUGACCUGCCCCGUAGCUGAGCUCCCGCUGCGGGUCCGCAGGGCUGCCGUGGGCCGCCGCGGCGCCCGGCUCGGGCCUGCUCAGCGCCCCGUUUUCCUCUGCCGGCGCGCAGGGAGGAGCUGGAAAACGGGAGAAGAUGAGCGACGCCGCGCUGCUUCCUGGCGGUGAUCGAGAGCGCCCCGAACACUAAUGCAGAAGAUCAAUAAGAACGUGGUCCUGGCGCUCCUUUCUCUGACCAGCCUGGUGUUCCUCCUCUUCCAGUUGUACUAUUACAAGUUCUAUCUCUCGCAGAAGCAUGUGGUUAGGAAGUUCCUAGGCUUAAUAUCCAGUCACAAUAUACCAGUGUAUUUGAUCGAUCCUUUGAUUCUGGGACUGGUUGAUAAAGACAUUGAACACAUCAGAGGUUCUUCUGAUGGCCCUAGUCCAGAAUGCAAGUACUUCUGUGCUCCAAGAGACUUUACUACAUUUGCACUACUGGACAAAACAUGGAAACAUGAAGCGGGCCUUUUUAGAACUGCGGAAAAAAUGGGGUUCCAAUGGCUAAAGAUUAUAAACAAGGACCCCCGCUUGGACGGGAUGGAUGACCUGUCUGGGGUUGAAAUUCCCUUGCACUACAUUUUUAAACUGGCAUCUCAUGCCAUUCACCUGGUGGUCUUCUAUGAGAGGAGUGGUAAUUAUCUGUGGCAUGGGCCCCUGAGACUCAAGCAACAUAUGGACAGAAAGUUUGUGCCUUUCCGGAAACUCCACUUUGGUCGCUACCCUGGAGCAUAUGAAAAGCCAGAACUUCUGCUUGUUUCCAUUGAUGACUUAAAAGUUCAAAUUCCAAAAAAUCCAUCCAGUUUUCUAGAGGAGAUGUCACACUCUAGAUUUCUUGAAUGUAGGUACAGAGAAGCUCGGGCUUUCUUUCAGCUGUAUCCUGAUGAUGCCUCUCUUGAUGCAGUGGAGUUCAGAAAGAAAGCAAAAUCCUUGCUCCAUCUGGCUGCCCUGACACUGAAUAACUUAGGAGUAAAGUUCUGGCUGAGCAGUGGAACAUGCCUUGGCUGGUAUAGACAAUGCAAUGUCAUUCCUCACAGCAAAGAUGUGGAUUUGGGAGUCUUUAUAAGGGACUAUAAAGCAGAUAUCAUUCCCGCCUUUCAAAAAGCAGGAUUACCACUGAAGCACAAAUUUGGCAAGGUAGAAGACAGCUUGGAACUCUCUUUCCAGGGAGAAGAUGAUAUGAAACUUGAUAUUUUUUUCUUCUAUGAAGAGGAUGACCACAUAUGGAAUGGAGGAACUCAGGCCAAAUCGGGCAAGAAAUUUAAGUAUCUCUUUCCAAAGUUCACUCUGUGUUGGACUGAAUUUGUGGAACUCAGGGUACACGUGCCCUGUGAAACCCUUCAGUAUAUUGAAGCCAACUAUGGCCCAGACUGGAAGGUUCCUGUGAAGACAUGGGACUGGAAGAGCUCACCAUCCAACGUGCAGUACAAUGGUGUCUGGCCUGUUGAUGAAUGGGACGAUGUCAUUCAAAUUUACUGACCGCCUGACUGCUAACAGAGCAUGCCUGCUAUCUUUGAAACUGUCAGUUUGUGAUUUCCUAUUUCCCUAAGGCAUCGAGAUCCAUUCCUGUUGUAACUUCUCAUCUGUUUCCUGAGGAGACUUUUACCGUUUUUUGCUUAAUAGUUCUUUUUUUUCACCUUCAUCGUGGAUUUUCCAGGUAGCUAAAGGAAAAGAUUAAAGGCAACUGAAGAGAAGGGAAGCUGAAAGAAAGGCUGCGCAAAUGGAAUAGAGAAGAUGUUGCAGUAAAGUUAUGAGCAGUUGACUAUUUAAAUGUAAACAGUGGCCAGGUGGCUUAGACUUUCCUGGGAUCAUCAAAACCUUGGGACUGUUCACUUCUCAAGCUGAAGAGAGGGAUGCAAUGGAAAAAUCCCAGAGAAGUUCCUGUGAAUAUUCAGCUUUUAAGCACCAGAGUUAUGAGCACCUUCAACUGUGCUUGAUUUGACACUGAUGUAUCCCUUUGCUAAGCAACAGGUUGCUCUUGGGAGUGGAAUGUUUCUAUUACUUGGAACCCAUGUGACCCACCUGCUUUACAUGUAGGAGGUACUGGGUAAUGGUGUAAUACUAAAUUAAUGUCAGGAGAAACUAUCCACAUCAGAUAUCUUCCAGUAACGGUUGAGUUUUUCACCAACUAACCACUGCAUGCAAUUAUGACAGGGAAUGUUAUCUGGUUUUUGUUUUCUUUUUUUUUAAGAACAUGAAGGUGUAUGCCACAGGGAUGUCUUUCCCAUGAAAAAAUAAAUAAUCUGGUUUUGAUGUCCCAGUUAGUGUGUUCUACCUGUAAGAGUUUUGACCAGAUUUUAGAAAAUUAUAGUUAUCCCUGCUUUCUUACAAGUAGAUAGAAAUGGGGGUAUGGAUAGUUUUCUGUUUAACAGGGGCUUGCAGAACAAAGAGGUCUCAGAGAAUUGCAUCUCUUUUCUCUAAGUGUAACAGAAGUGGGUACAAAUACUAACUGUUCCAUCAAAUGUGCAGUAGCAUCACUGCAAGUGAAGUGUUAGUGUAACAUGAGGCUUUGGAUGAGAGGAGAGUGGAAGCCAAACAACUCUCUCCUCCUGCUUCUGCUUGUGCUUUGGUCAAUGAAGUUAAGCUUUCUUCUUCAGUAAUUUGGAGAGGGAUGAUAGUUUUCAUAUGAGUGUGUAUGUCCAAGUUUGUUCCAGUCCUCCUGUGCAGGGAAGACGAGCACUAGAGCCGCUAGUGAGUUAUGACAGUUCUAACGCUGGUACUUGUGAACCAGUGUCAAGGUACUGAAUAGAGCUUGUGUUUACAUGCAAUAAACCUGUAUCCAUUCUUUCCUUACUAACGCAGAAAGGCUACCUAUGACUCAUGGCUUUUCCGCCUUUCACUGGGUAGAGGUAGGUUGAGUCUGUGGUUUACGUUCUGUUGAUCUGUAGGUUAUGGGACUGUAUUCAAACCUGUACAGUUCUGGAGAGAUGAAAUAGCUACUGCCGUGCAACAGUUUUACUGUUGUGUCAUUCCAGGUGCACUCUGGGGCUUCCCUGCUGUUUUUGUCCUGAGGUGUGCUGCAUGCUUUUUCAUGCCAAUCCUCUCGGUUCCAGCAGUCUCCUGCCACUGAAGCACUGGAGUAAAUUGUUCAGCUUCCGAACAUCUUUGUUGGUGACAUAAAUAAUGGGAUCAAGUGCACCUUCAGCAAGUUUGCCGCCGACACCAAGCUAUGUGGUGUGGUCAACACGCUGGAGGGAAGGGAUGCCAUCCAGAGGGACCUUGAGAGGUCGGCCUGUGUGAACCACAUGAAGUUCUGCAAGGCCAAGUGCAAGGUCCUGCAUGUGGGUCAGCUCAAUCCCAAAUACCAACACAGACUGGGCAGAGAAUGGAUUGAGAGCAUUGAGGAGAAGGACUUGGGGGUGUUGGUGGAAGAGAAGCUCAACAUGAGCCAGCAGUGUGCGCUUGCAGCCCAGAAAGCCAACCGUAUCCUGGGCUGCAUCCAAAGAAGUGUGACCAGCAGGUCGAGGGAGGUGAUCUGCUCCUCUGCUCUCAUAAGACCUCACCUGGAGUACUGUGUCCAGCUCUGGGGGCCCCAGUACAGGAGAGACAUGGAGCUGUUGGAGACUAUCCAGAGGAGCGCCAUGAAGCUGAUCAGAGGGCUGGAGCACCUGGAGCCUGUGAGGACAGGCUGAGAGAGUUGGGGUUUUGAGCCUGGAGAAGGCUCCAGGGAGACUUUAGAGCAGGCUUUCAGCACCUAAAAGAGACCUACAGGAAAGCUGGAGAGGGACUGUUUACAAGGGCAUGUAGUGAUAGGACAAAGGGUAAUGGCCAUCAGCUGAGGGAGGGUUGAUUUAGAUUAGAUAUUAGGAAGAAAUUUUUCACUGUGAGGGUGGUGAGGCACUGGAACAGGUUGCCCAGAGAGGCUGUGGAGGCCCCCUCUCUGGAACUGUUCAAAGCCAGGUUGGAUGGGGCUUUGGGCAACGUGGUCUAGUGGAGGGUGUCCCUGCCUAUGGCAGGGGGUUGGAACUAGAUGAUCUUUAAGGUCCUUUCCAACCCAAACCAUUCCAUGAUUCUAUGAUUCUAGCAACAACUUGUCAUGCUGGCUUUUCAGUUGGUACAGUAACUUCGUUAGCUUUGCCUAAUUGAGGAGAGAUGUAAAAUCCUACUAAUGCCAUUUACUCGGUAAAGUAAACAUUACAUCAUAAGGGAUAAUUUCUCAGGUACAGUUUUUUGUAUUUUUUCCUUAAAAUGAAAAAAGCCAAUGUCCUUAUGGUUUUUGUUUUCAGAACUCUGUUGUCAUGAACUUCUUUGUUUAGUAACAUACAAUAAGCAUGUAAGUUUUUCAAAUGCGAUAGAUGUUUAAGAGUGAAAAAAAAAGAUACUAUCAGAGAAUUAUAAUCCUGUCAGAUUUUUGACUUUGUAGAUGGAAAGACUGAUGGAAAAAAAUGCAUGUCCCUGAAAGGGAAGAUGUUUUAAAUAGUUGAUUAUACCUGAAAGUUAUUCUUCAGAUUAAAAUAUUUUCUCUUUAGAAGA